CCGUCCAGUGGUCCACACAGGCUUCGGCUCGGUAAUUCACGGCUUUCAGGUCAUCUUGGGUGCAUACUGUUUGUUCGUUUCAACAUCUAUAUGAUAUAAUUGAGGCAUUACACGUCGGUUGUUUGCAUUCGAUAUUCCUUAACAGCAGCUCUUGGGGGAACGAAGAGAGUUCGGGACAGCAUCGGGACAGUUUGGGACAGCAUCGCGACAGUUUGGGACAGUUCAGGACAGAUUGGGACAGCUUCGGGACAGUUUGGGACAUAUCGGGACAGCAUCGGGACAGUUUGGGACAGAUCGGGACAGCAUUGGGACAGUUCGGGACAGCAUCGGGACAGUUCGGGACAGUUCGGGACAGAUCGGGACAGCAUCGGUCUCAUAAAGCUCAAGACACCGUCUUGAGACUGAGUCGAGAUGGCUUGUACCAACUGUGGCAGAUCCAUCUGUCAGAGUCAAGAUUUAGAAAAUUCUUUUGAGCUCGUCGUGGUGAAGCGAACUGCAAAAGGUUAUGGGUUCGAAGUACAGCUAAAGGACAACCUCGUCAUCAAUUCAAACAGCGAUAAGAACAACAAACCAGAUUCAUUUGUUGUUAAAUAUAUCAAAGAAAACACAGGGAACACGAAACUUGGACUCAAGACAGGAGACGAGAUACUCUCUUUUAAUGGCACCAGCAUUCGACAGUUAACAAUGUCACAUAUUGAGGAGACCCUGAAGAACAACAAGAAUGAUAUGCAGCUUAUCAUCAGACGACGAUCCCCGCCAAAAAAUCAACCUGGAAUCCAAUCAGACGACGGUUACCAUGGUUACGAUAAUCGAGGAUUCAAUACUGGCACUGGACAAUGGAAAAUUACUCUAUAAUAAUUCAUGGUAGAGAAAGAAUGAACGGGGGAGAGAGAGGGGG